AUGCUCACGCGACGACGAUGUAUCAUAGGCCUCGGUGUCGCUGUGAAACAUGGCGGACGGCUUUCGUUUAAAGUUAAAAAACAUUCUAAUUUGACUUCCUCAAAAGUUUUGCCAGUGAUUCCUUUGUCUCAAGAGCUGCGUGAACGCGUAAAAUACGCUUCUAUGGCCUCAACAUAUGACCCGACAGUUGUGGAGCAAGGAUGGCAGCAAUAUUGGCAACACACGUUGGGUUCCAGCACACAAUUAGAUAGCGAAGCCGCGAAUUCGUCUAGAAAAAUAUUUAGUAUGAUUUUACCGCCACCGAAUAUUACAGGUGCACUUCACAUUGGCCACGCAUUGACCAUCACUAUCCAGGACGCUAUUGCUCGGUGGCAUCGUAUGCGAGGCUUUGACGUCCGAUGGUUGCCAGGAUUGGAUCAUGCAGGUAUUGCCACACAAAGUGUAGUAGAGAGGAAGCUGAUGAAGGAACAAGGUCUGUCACGCCAUGAAAUAGGACGUGAAGCUUUCGUAGAUCGAGUCUGGCAAUGGAAUGAGCAGUAUGGAGGCAAGAUUAUGAAUCAAAUUGACCGUUUAGGUGCGAUUGUCAAGAAAGAUCAGCCAUACUUUACACUUGAUACGGAACGAUCGAAAGCGGUGGUCACUGCUUUUGUAAAGUUGCAUGAAAAGGGUCUAUUGUAUCGCGGAAGGAGAAUGGUCAAUUGGUGUCCGAUGUUACAGACCGCUAUUUCUGAUAUCGAAGUGGAUUUGGAACCAUUAGACAAAGCGACGAAAAAGGUGCUUCCUGGAGGACAUAAAGUAGUUGAAUUUGGUGUCAUGUAUCGCUUUAAGUAUCAAAUUGCCGACACAAAUGAUUUCUUAGAGGUUGAUACCACGCGACCAGAGACUAUUUUUGGUGAUGUUGCAGUAGCCGUACACCCGAAUGACGUAAGGUACCAGCAUCUGCGUGGAAAGCACGUGAUUCAUCCAUUUUCAAAGAUGCAGCUUCCAAUAGUUAUGGAUGAUGUACUAGUGAACAUGGAACUUGGCACUGGUGUCGUAAAAAUUACUCCAGCGCACGAUCCAAAAGAUUUUGAGUGUGGUCAACGACACAAUUUACCGGAAAUCGAAGUGAUUGAUAAGGACGGAAAAUUAUGUGGUAACAUCGGCGAACAAUUCAUAGGAUUAGACAGGUUCGAAGCCCGUCAACGUGUAGUUGAGGCAUUGCAGGACAUGAAGCUGUAUGUAGAUAAGCGUGACCAUCCGACCUCAUUGUCGAUCUGCUCGCGUUCAGGGGACAUCAUUGAGCCACUUUUGAUGCCACAAUGGUACGUAAAGUGCAGUAGAAUGGCGCGACGCGCCGCAGAAAACGUUCGUAACGGAGUUAUGACAAUCGAGCCAAAAGAACAUGCACAUACGUGGUUUUACUUUCUGGACAAUAUUCAAGACUGGUGUGUGAGUCGACAGCUUUGGUGGGGUCAUCGCAUUCCAGCUUAUCGAUUAAAAGCAGAUACUGUCAAAGACAUACAUACGGACAAGUGGUUUGUGGCUGCAACACUUGAAGAAGCUCAAAAGAAGGCAGAAGCUGAGCUUGGAUACAAGCUUCAAAACGAUGAUUUAGAACAAGAUGUGGACGUACUUGAUACGUGGUUCAGUUCGAGUUUGCUUCCUUUAUCGGCACUUGGAUGGCCUAAUGCUAACGACAAUGAUGCUACUGCCAUAAAUCUGAGCCUGGGCUAUCCUUUAAAUGUUUUAGAGACUGGUUCGGAUAUCCUAUUUUUUUGGGUUGCAAGGAUGGCAAUGAUAUGCGAAGAGUUUUCUGGCUGCAUACCGUUCAACAAAGUGCUUCUACAUCCCAUGGUUCGCGACAAAGCUGGUCGAAAAAUGUCGAAAAGUGUUGGAAAUGUCAUUGACCCACUUCACGUUAUCAACGGCAUCAGUCUCGAGCGAUUACUUUCAGAUUUGCAGAGUGGUAAUGUCGAAAACCGGGAGCUCAAGAAAGCGGAGAAAGAACUACGAAAAGAAUUUCCAAAGGGAAUACCUACCUGUGGCUCCGAUGCACUUCGUCUCACGCUUGCCUCGUAUCUUCAGCAAGGCCGACAAAUUAAUAUGGACGUGCAGCGAGUCGUCUCCUACCGCCAUUUCUGCAACAAAAUGUGGAAUGCCGUGCGCUACGCUUUGCCACUAUUAGCGAGAGAUAGUAACAAGGCGGUGAGAAGUGAUGAAAAGGAGCUCACAUGCUUACGUGAUCACAUGACGCUUUCGGAUCGCUGGAUUUUAAGUCGAUUGGCUGCUGUCGUAAAAGAGGUGAAUGACGGUCUUGCUACCAAUCAAUUAGCAACGAGCGUCGCUGCAAUGCAACGAUUUUUUGUACAUGAACUGUGCGAUGUUUACAUUGAGUCUAGCAAGUCAGUGCUGUAUGGCAACCGCCUCGAGGAAGUGAUUGAUGAUAAUCAGCAUGCACGAAAACGUAGCACACAAGCUACUUUACAUCGGUGUUUGGACUAUUCGAUGCGAUUGCUUCAUCCAUUCGCACCCUUUGUGACUGAAGAAUUGUGGCAGCGCAUUCGCGAGAUCGAUCCGUUUUCAUGCGACCAAAAGAUCGAGACCUCCAUUCUGUGUGCCAAGUACCCAGACCAGUUAGAAAUGAGCUGCUGGAUUGAUGCAGAAGCUGAACAGAAAAUGACGGUACGUUUCUGUAGAAAAUUGUGUCACUUUGGUCCUUUUGAUAUAUCUCGAACGCAGCUAGUACUUGACGUCAUUCAUGCGAUUCGCUCGCUUCGCCACACUGUCAAGGUUUUGGCACCCCACGCAACACCGACGGGGGAUAGGUACUUUUGUCAUAAAAGCCGUUCAUUGUCCGAGUCACUUAUGAUGCCUAAUAUUCAAUAUAGCGAGCGUCCUACUAUGCAUAUCGUUUACACGAAUGAAACUGUACAGUCUGAGCUGAAAAACUCGCACCGUGACUUCGAGACGCAAUGCCGCGUAAGCGUGAAACUUGUUGAUGCUGAUUCGUCUCCGUUGUCGUCUCGCGCAUUAACGUAUUCCGUCUCAAACUCCUGUCGAGUAAUUGUAGAAGUACCAGAUGAUGCAGAGACGACGCAACGCUUAGCCAACGAAAUACUCCGAUUAGAAAAGCGUGCCUUGAAAAAUGCGACGGCAGCUGAAGCGCUGAUCCGGCGUCAAAACGAAGGGCUUUAUGCUGACAAGGUGCCUGAGGCUGUGCAGACGCAAGAUGCACAGCGACUCAUUCAGCUUCAAACUGAUCAAAAGGCCAUUGAAAAGAGCCUAGCUGCAUUAUAUGAGCUCCAGCAACAUUGUUAG